GAUCGUCGCGCAGUGUGGCUGCCAGCAGCGAUCCGAGCCGUGGCGGGGUGAAGAGGUGACCGUCUGCUAUGGACUGACACCUGAAAACAGAGUCUUUUCUGUGUGCGCGUCUGAAAACAUCUGGAUCAUUCAGGACUUCACACUUUCUCUCACAUCUCAGAUUCUCCCAAAGACCGACUUUUGGUGAGAUUUAAACAUCCAGAGAGGACUCUGAAGCCCGAGUCCCACUUCCACCCCCUUUCCUGUGCCAUGCCGAAGAGUGGCACGUGCCAGGUGCCGUUACCAUGGAGUCCUUGAGCAAUAUGGAAAGUAUCGGGAGCUACGACAGUGUGAUCAGCAUGAACUCUGGCUUUAGUGACGACAGCAUGGAGCACCUGUCUGCGGAGGAGAGAGCAUGUCUCAUGUAUCUGGAGGAAACCAUUGAAGCGUUGGAGGUGCAGGAAGACAGCGGCUUGUCCAAUGACGAGCCAGACGCUUGGUCGACGGCAGACAAUAAUGAUCAGGGGAAAAUUAAAGGUGUUUCCAACGGGACGUGCGAGUCUGAAAGCAGUGUUGCGGCAGAGUCUGCACCCACAACGACAACCUCCGACGACAAAACUGAGUGUCGUGAUCUGAAUCAAAGCUCCGAACCACAAUCCACUCCUGCGUCACCAGUCAACAUGAAUGCUCUUAAAACAGGGGAUACAUCCAACACUGUCCCUGAUCCUGAGUCAUCGAUGAACCCGGCUGAGGGCCUGGCUGAGGGCCUGGCUGAGGGCCUGGCUGAGGGCCUGGCUGAGGGCCUGGCUGAGGGCCUGGCUGAGGGCCUGGCUGAGGGCCUGGCUGAGGGCCUGGCUUCAGCCUCAGACGGCGAUUGUGAUCCCGAGAGCGUCACGGGUACCAGGCCUUGCCUAGGACAGAGCACCGAAGCCUCGGAGGCGGAUCUGGGUAUCAUCCCUCCUCCGUCAGACUUCAUGGAUGAACCGGACACUCCCUCACAACCAGAGAGGGAAGAAUCUGUCCUUCCACCUGCAGCAUUCCCAGCCAAGCCAGAAGCACUUAUUGACCCAGAGCAGCCGUGCACAGACGUCUCUGAAGAGAAGACUCCGGUGAACUCCCCUGUAACCGAGGAUCCUUCAAUCAAGCUUCUGCUCCCUGAAAAGGAAGCUCCUCCUGAGCCCAGGAGCCCCCCCGCUGUCGCCCCGAAGCCCAAGAAGAUUCCUUCUAAUAUUAUUUUGAAUUCAAAAAAGACGGCAGGAGCGGGCUCUGAUGGACACUCGGCUCAUUCGGUGUCCACCGGCAGUGACUGGGUCAUGCCGGACCCUCAGAGGGUCCGGAUGGAGGCGCUGCGGAAGCUUGGACUGCUCAAAAGCAGUGAGGAACAUUCCAGCCCUGCCCUGAGCCCCAAACUUUCUUUAAAAACUAGAAAAUCGUGGGCAGCUCCAUCUCCUCCAAUCAGCCCGGCAGCUCCUCAUACGCCACCUAUGACACCUCCAUCUGACGCGGAUGUUUACGGCCAAGCGCCCGCCUCCGUCCCCCUCCAGUCUGUGCCGACUGCAGCAGCAGCACCAUCUUCUCCAGCUCCUCCCCUGCAGGACCUCGAUAUCCUACCAGUACCUGCAGCUUUCAGUGACCCCUCUGCAGCUUUCCCGUCAGAUAACGAACUACCUGCUGACAAACAUAUGAAAGAGGCCCCUGCUAAUUCCCCUGUACUCAGCACUCCUGCACCGGUCAAGCAGCGACCUCCGCCACAGGCCUUCGCUUUCAAGUCGGGCAGCCUGGAGCGCUCUGGUCCGCGUCUAAGCGCUUAUCAGAACUCAUCUCAGGCCGAUCGGGGAUGUGACCAGAGCCUCAGGCAGCUGCGCAACACUCGACCUCGCCCGGCCUCUCUAGGGAGUGGGAAAGAGUUUCUACACGCUGAGGGUGGGCACUUGCAGGCGGGCCACGCCACAGGCCAACCCCCAGACUCUCACAGGCCCGGCCCGACCGCCCUCCAUCACUCCAGAGGCUCUGCCAAGCUGCCGCGGUCGCAGGGCAUCAGUGUGCUGAUCUGCCCCAGCGAGGAGAACGAGGAGAACCGCCGCGAGGCUCUGAAGAAGCUGGGGCUGAUCAGAGACUGAGCCGCGGCCCGACGACUACAGACUCCCUCGGAUCCUGUAAAGGAGCCGCACACGACAGAUUCCCAGCUGACAGAGGAGGACUCUCAGGGAAGCUUUUUAUGCUCACGCUUUGUCACUUUCACCCCAUUAACUACCACGUGGUCGGAGCGCCGUAGCUGUCACGGUCACGCUCUUAUCUACACAUUGUGCAGACGUAUUUAAAGUGUUUAAUUUUGCAUUAAUCAAGCACUUUUUGGAUAUUUCCCUGCUACCGCAGCUGUUGACUUUUGUAAAUGAAAUCCUGUUACUUUCAACGGUCAGUUACGACCUAUGCAGUAAUUUCAGGAAAUAGCAUUUUCCACUUCCUCUUCUGCUUUUAGUCAUUAGUUUCAGGGAUACGUUUGUGUGUCUUGGUCUCUUCAUAGUUCUCGUCGGAUACAUUUAAGUGUUCUUGUUUGUAGCAUUUAGAGUUCUUUCAAACCCGGUUUUGUUUGCCCCUCCAGAGUUUUGUGUAUUUAUUAUAAACUGCUCAGCACCUAUUUUCUCUGACGUUUGCAUCUUUAUUAAAGGUUGUUUUUAUUUAAUGCCUGAAAAUUCAAAGAAUACGUCUUGCUUUGCAGGAGCAUAUCUUUCAGUGAUAAGGAUCUGAAACGCGUCCUUUGCAUAGCUAGACAUCAAACCCAAACAUCAAGACUCACAACUCUGUUCCAAUAUUGAUCGUAAAUACGU